AUGAGUCUUCUAGCAUACCUAUCAAGAAUAAAAAGGCACUUUCUAUCCCAGAAGCUUCCCGGGACAUAUAGAUCAGAGUCUAACAGAAGUUUUUUGACCACGCUUUUUGUCAUAGGUCUCCUAAACCUUGUCCUUGGCAUAAUAGCAACAUUCGUGUAUAGCAGCCUGAUGGAAGUAACUAUUCCAUAUACAGACAGCAUGAGCACAGAUAUCUAUCUUCCUAGGGGCAGAAUCUAUCUUUUUCUGGAAAUGAGAGAGUUCUAUCAGACUAACCUGAGGUAUAGCAAGAGCAUUAGCUAUGAUCAACUUAAGGGAGAAAGGCCAAAGAGCCUUAGUUCAGCCAGUCCAUUAUCUUACAAGGACGGAAAGAUUAUAUAUCCAGCGGGGCUUCUUCCAAAUAGCUUUCCUCAUGAUACAUAUAGGAUUGAUGGAAUCGAUAUUGAGACCGAAGGAAUUUCGUGGGAAUCAGAAAGAAGCUCAGUGAAGCCAUCAUCUUAUACAAGAGAUGAAGUUGUUCCUCCUCCACUGUGGCCAGUUUACAGUGACGUCCCUGAUCUGAGCACAGACGAGAGAUUCAUAAACUGGAUUUACAUAGCACCCUUUCCCAGCUUCAGAAAGCUUUGGGGCGUGGCCGAUGUGGGGACAGAAGGGAUGUAUACACUUAACAUUACUUCCAUGUUUCCAUACGGGAAGAAAUAUGUAUCACUUGCACAGUUGUCAGUAAUAGGUCCGAAAAAUUACUUUCUAUCUAUCGGGUUGAUGUUUGUUGGGCUAAUUAUGAUCUUAUUUUCUCUCCAUAGCCACUGCUUAUAA